AUGACAGACUCAGGAGGGCCCCCGAGCCGCACACUGUGUUUUUUAUCGACGUUGCUUUCCCAGAAGGUUCCCGAGAAGUCAGCCGCUGUGCUUCGCUGCAUUAUAUCCGGUCAGCCCAAGCCAGAGGUAACUUGGUAUAAGAAUGGUCACGUCAUAGAUGAGUGGGGCAUUGUCUCCAGUUAUGAAUUCUUUGAGAAUCAGUCUAUCCACGUGCUACAUCUCUCUUGCUGUACCCAAGAUGAUGCUGCCGUGUAUCAAGUCUCGGCUAGAAACCGUUUUGGAAUGAUCUGCUGUUCUGCUUCCGUGGAGGUCGAGUGCUCGUCAGAGAACACACACCUGUCUCCUAACCUGGAAAAUGACAAGGACACAGGUUGGAAACAUGAACCAGGGACACAUGAGGGGAAGGGUACAAACCCAACGGAUGAGAAAGGACAUCCUCAUAAGGAAGAAGAAAGCGUCUCCCCGGGCACUCCCAGCUCAGCUGAUUCCUCCCCUUCCAAAUCCAGCCGUUCACCCUCACUCCAGUUGUUGACCAGUAAUGACACUAGUGCAUCCAGUUCUGAGAAACCCUUGGACAUUAAAGGGGAGAGACAGACCGGGGGGACUUAUGAUCAGAGCCACACAGAAGAAAUCGCAGAGGGGUGGCUUUCUCUUCACUCAAGUCAUACUCCAGAAAAACAAGGCGUAUGUUGCCCCCAAGCGAUGCCUUCCAACACACCAAGGCUCGUGGAUGGUGGCCAGAACCAUGAUGGCCCUAAGGAUGGAGUCCUACCCUCUAGUCAGCAAAAUUCCAAAUUACAGAAAUACGUUAGCUUCAGCCUCCCGCUGUCUGGGCCAACCGCUCACAUUUACCCAGGUGACAGCACCACGGUCAACAAGCAGGGCGGCCCACAGGUUUCCAGUGAAGACUCUAACAGUGACUAUGAACUUUGCCCAGAGAUAACCCUAACCUGCACCGAGGAGUUUUCAGAUGAUGACCUGGAGUAUCUGGAAUGUUCUGAUGUUAUGACGGAUUACUCUAAUGCAGCUUGGCAAAGGAACCUGCAGGGGACGGAGCGUGUUUUUUUAUUAGAAAGCGAUGACGAGGAGAUGGAAUUCAGCGAGUGUUGCCUGGGUGGGUGUGAGCAUUUCCUCAGUGAAAUGGGUUGUGGGCCUCGGGUGUCAGGUGACACUGGGCCCAUGGAUGCCCCCGCUGGCUUCUGUGGCUAUCACUCACAGCCCCAAGACGUGGGGGUGAGGAGUGGCAGAGUCUUCCCACGGUGUCCCUUGUCCCCACACACAGGGAUGACUCUCACUUUGGGUCCUCACCAGGAUGGGACGUCUUUGGUGACAGAGCAGGGGGGAUAUCCACUCCCCAAUGCUCCCGAGGCUGCUGAAAAUGAUUAUCCAGGAAUUCAAGGAGAAACCAGAGACAGCCACCCAGCAAGAGAGGAAUUUGAAAGUGACAAUCUGCUAAACAUGGAAAAAGCAGUGACAGGGAAAGAGAUGCAGCCCUUGCCUGGCGAGGCAAAAAAGUCUGGGAUGCACCGGUGUUGGGAGACGGCAGCUGAGAAAAGAGAAGGGGAGAAGGACUUGGGGAACAAGAGAGGCCCACAGAAACCCACCAGGGCGGGGCGACCGGGACUCAAGGGAAAACCCAAGAAGCUGAACGCCAGCCCGAAAGCAAGCACGGCAGAAGGCACCGUUGAUCUCCUCUGUCCCAAAGAACCUGCUAAGCCCCCACUAUCCCAGAGUGAUACAAGAGAGGCUUCCCGCACCCCUGCAGGAACGACUGACUGGAAUUCCCACCUCCAUGCGGGAGAAUGUGCUGUUGCACCCCAGGCAGAGCAAGAAGCAAAAGCCCUUCAAACUCCAGCAGACUCACUCCCUACGGAAGGCAGCACACAUUUCCAGGGAAAAGGGAUGCGGGUUGAUAAUCUCUUUGAAACAAGCCAGGUUCCAGGCCAGAGUGAUCAACCUCAGGUGCAAAUUCAGGAAGCGCUCGGGGAGAGAAUCUCUGUCGGCCAGAUUACAGCUUUCUCAGAGCCUACCAAGGAGGAGUAUCUGUUCACUGGGACCACAAUAAAUUAUUUCCCCAACUCAGGAGGGGCCCACAAGAGAAAUGCAUCAUUGACUCCAUGCCUGGCAGUGGAAAGCUGUGCUCGAGACCCACAGCAUAAGGAAAAGCAAGACAGAGAAGGCAACACACCUGGUGACUUCAGGGAAGAACUAACACAUGAGCCGAGCAUCCCAGGAGCCAAGGCUGAAACUAUGUCCCUGGGUGCAUUCUCAGGGCAUCUCCCCCAGGAUGCCCACGUGGAUUACAGGGAACCCGGGGCUCUCUCUGUUGCUUCACCUGACCCCACAGACACUGCCUUCACCCUGGCAAAUGUGGGUGAUGGGGCAAGGGAUGGAGAAGCAGCGUGGAUGACUGAGUGUUUUGAAGCCGGUGACCAAGAAACAUGUGAUACCGCGGAUUCUCCUGUUAGGGCACCAGUGGAUAUAUAUGUGCCUCAAGACGUUUGCUCCGUGGACUCUGAGAUGGCAGAAGGUCAAAGCAAAAUAUCGGAUUUAUGUGCUCCUGACGGCAAGACACUGCAAGUUUUCUUUCAAACACGAGGUUCCGAGACUCCACUGACAACUUGCGAAAGCAGCAAAGAGUACGACCGGACCUCAGCCCCACUCUUCAUCAGUACUUUUACCUGGAGCAUCUCACCCAAGGCCAAUGAAGGUGCCACAGGGGGCUGUCUAGCCAAGGUGGAGAAUCCCAGCUGCCCGUUGGCCUCCACAGCACAGGCUGGCCAGGGGGGACUGAGCCCCAGAAACUUGGGAGGCCUUGAGAAAACACAUCUCCUCUCUUCCGAGAACACCUCUUUUGUGCAAAUGACGGAAGGUGACAAGAGCCCCAAGACCAGUGCCCCAGACACCACAGACACACCAGCCAGACUGAGUUCCACUGGUACGUUUCUUCGGGAGAAGUCAACAACACUAAUUGCUAAUAACGAGUGUCUUCUGGUGACCAGGGAGACUGAGGGUAUGUCAGUUGUUAGCGUUGCCACCAAAGUCUGCCCAACCCAAUAUCUUGCUGUUUCCGUUGCUGAGAACAAGCCUGCAGAAGGCACUGAGGAGAGCUUACCUCAGACACCAGAGGAAGAUAUUUCUCAAUUUCCUUCCAGUGUACAACUGUGUCAUAUUUUAAAUGACUCCACAACCGAAUCUCCAAAAGAGCUACUUUGCACGGCUCCCAGUGUCCUGGGAGUCCACGGCCACGUUCCCCAGCUCCCAGAGGGAGAGGGUCUCUGCAGCAAUUCCUCCCUUCAGAUUGACAACCAGUCUGGAGAUAAGAGCCAGGCCGUGGACAGAACAGACACCAAGAGCCCUGAGGACAAUUUUCAGGAAAAAAGAAGUGCAACAAAGCAUUGGAUCCAGCAGCAGUGUGUGUCCGUCCAGGGUUUUCUUUCCGCCGGUAAUUCCCCUGAAAGUUUGCCCAUGAUAUCUGCUGCACAAGAGGAGAGACACCUGGUGCCCCAGGGCCACUCACCAGCAAGUUCCAGGGUAGAAGGAGGAAAGGACUCAGGUCAGGGGACCAGUGUCUUGGUGGUGACUGAAGCCACUGUGGAAGAUGACAGUCAGGCUCUGAGCAAUGUUCCAUCUCUCUCUAGUGUCUUUCUGGAGAGGUCCAAGGAGUGUGGACCAGGGAAUUGGGAAGCAGGCAACAAGCUGGUUCGAACGGUAGAGGCUUCCGUUUCAGAAGUGCGGUCACCGAGGCAACCGACAAGUUCUCAGUGCAAGGAUGCAGAAGCCGGCUCCAUCAUUCCUGGCAGGGUCUGGGCUGUAUCUGACAUUCUAGAAACGGAAGUUACCAUGCCCGAAAUGGUCCCCUCUGAAACAGCAGAACUAACUCACAGUCCUCUGGGUGUUGACUCAGCUCUUGAUGCCAAACGAGAAACCUGCAAAGGUGAAGGACCGACCAUCAGUGCACAUUGCAGGGCACUUUCUCCCCAGGAUUUGAGCCAACCCAGGGUCCUGGAGUCAUCUGUGGAUCCCGUCGAUGAACAGGAGUUAUGCGCUGCAGAUUCGCCAACAGGGGCUUCUGCUGCCAGAGGGACAGGAGAUGUCAACAAUGUCACUCAAAGCCAGGAGGGAAGCCAACGCGCAGCGGACCACACCCCCUUCUUUAGACGGUUUCUGUCCUGCCCCCAAAUCCUAGAGUCCUCUGUGGAUCCUGCUGAUGAAACGGGUGUGAUGGAGUUCACACUGGCUGUAAAGCUGGAGCCUUCUGAGUCCACGCUGGGGGGCAUCGGAGAAGGGAGUAAAUUGUGUGAUGGAGACUUGGGCCUGAGAACGGAAGUCCAACCUGCCAUUUUGCAAGUUCUGUGUCCCCGGGAAAGUGCAGGAACCCUUCCAGGUGGGAAGAGAAAUGACAGAAGCCGAGAAGGCGGUGAGAGAGGAGAGGCCAAGCAAAGUCUACGUGAUGAAACGACGGUGGAAGUCCAGUCUGCCAUCUGGCAAGCCCCACAUCCUGACAAAGGUGGGGAGAGAAUUCCAGGUGGAGGCAGCACCGGCCAAACACAGGAAGGCAGUGACGGCAGCUUAGAGGAGGCCGGGAAAAGCAAAAAGGACAAGGCAGAAGUUAUUUCCCCCACUUCUCCUCUUUCUAGCUGUCUUGCAAGAAUGACUCACGCUUCUCUUGGGGUUCAUACUCACAGCUCCCCAGGCCAAAUUCAUGACGUCCCUGGAAAUGACUUAGCUGAACCCAGAAACCAGCAUGUGUUUCCUCACUUAAAGGAAAGGGGAACUCUUGAAAAUGAGUGUGGGAAACACACGCCCCCUUCUCAUGGUCUUACGAGGCAGCCUUGUCCUUUGAUUCUCGAUGGAAACCUCUUGAACUUUUCCAUCAGUCACAAAAUUGAGGAACCUAGGAAAGGAGAGCUUCAGACGGGGCAAACCAAACCCCCAAGCUCCACUGGCACCCCAGCAAAGCCUCUGGCAUUCAUUUCAGGAGAAGGUGAGUCAGAGAAAGCCCCUGAGCUACUGCGGGGCCCAUGUCCAAAGGGCACCCUGAGCUGUGUGAGAGAGUCGAGGGCGAUGGGGAAGCCUCGCCACAAGGUGGCCCCAACUGGUCAAGUACCAAGGGCCCCACCGGCAGGGACGGGGUCCGAGGAGGUCAAGAAGAAGCAGGAAGACUCAGGAAGUGGACAUUUAGCCGAGGGCGUAAAGAAGAAAAUCCUAUCCAGGGUGGCAGCCCUGAGGCUGAAAUUGGAAGAGAAGGAAAAUGUCCGAAAGAACUCCAGCUUUCUGAAAAAGGUGCCUAAGCUUGAAACAUCGUUAUCACGCACAGAUGAGAAAAAAGACCCCCAAAAGCCACCUUGCAGAAGAGAAGGAAAAGCUCCAGUAUUACUGAAAAAGAUCCAAGCUGAGAUGUUCCCUGACCACUCUGGAAAUGUGAAAUUAAGCUGCCAGUUUGCAGAAAUUCAUGAAGAUUCUACUAUCUGGUGGACAAAAGAUUCAAAGUCAAUAGCCCAAGUGCGGAGAAGUGCAGGGGACAACUCCACUGUCUCUUUCGCCAUCGUUCAAGCUAGCCAGAAGGACCAGGGCCUAUAUUUUUGCUGUAUCAAGAACAGUUAUGGAAAAGUGUCUGCUGAAUUUAACCUCACGGCUGAAGUUCUCAAACAGCUCUCCAGUCACCAGGAAGCCAAAGGAUGUGAAGAAAUCGAAUUCAGUCAGCUCAUCUUCAGAGAAGACUUCCUCCACGACAGCUACUUUGGGGACCACCUGCGUGGUCAGAUCGCCACAGAGGAGCUGCACUUUGGAGAAGGAGUCCACCGCAAAGCCUUCCGCAGUAAAGUGAUGCAGGGCCUCACGCCUGUCUUCAAGCCCGGCCACGCCUGCGUGCUCAAGGUGCACAAUGCCGUUGCCUACGGGACCAGAAACAAUGAUGAGCUCGUCCAAAGGAACUACAAACUUGCUACCCAGGAAUGCUAUGUUCAAAAUACUGCCAGAUAUUACGCCAAGAUCUACGCUGCAGAAGCACAGCCUCUGGAGGGCUUUGGAGAGGUGCCUGAGAUCAUUCCUAUUUUUCUUAUCCAUCGGCCUGAGAACAAUAUCCCAUAUGCAACCGUGGAGGAGGAGCUGAUUGGAGAAUUUGUGAAGUAUUCCAUCAGGGAUGGGAAGGAAAUUAACUUCUUGAGAAGAGACUCGGAGGCUGGUCAGAAGUGUUGUACCUUUCAGCACUGGGUAUACCAGAAAACAAGCGGCUGCCUCCUGGUCACGGACAUGCAGGGUGUAGGAAUGAAGCUAACUGACGUUGGCAUAGCAACGCUGGCUAAAGGGUACAAAGGAUUUCAAGGCAACUGUUCCAUGACCUUCAUCGAUCAGUUUAAAGCACUGCACCAGUGUAACAAGUAUUGUAAAAUGCUGGGGCUGAAAUCCCUUCAAAACAACAACCAGAAACAGAAGAAGCCGAGCCCUGGGAAAAGCAAGAUUCAGACAAACUCCACCGCGAGGAGGAAGACAGAGGCUGGGACCCCGACAGAAAAGAAAACCUGACAUCCCUCUUUAACGUACGGCCAUCGGCCAGCGGCACACAGUCUUGCGAGUGGAAA